AUGGCUGAGGUAGACUCCAAGAGGAAGCGCUUCGACCACCUGUUCGAGGAAGCAAGGCAGCUAGUACACUUUGUGAAGGAAUGCUCGAGUGAGAAGUUUUUGAUGCGGGACAUUGAGGACGCGGAAGCGAUGCUGCAAGAGUGCCUGGAAGCCUACCACGAAGUGAUAGACUCACUGGAUCCCGAUUCACAGAAAUUGUUCCGGAUCAACGUGGGCGACAAAGUAAUGAAGCUGAACAAGGAGCUCACGGAUUUCGUUGCCAUAAAAAAACCACCAACGCCAAUAGGAUUACAGCGAAGGAAAUCAGCUACUGCCUUGGAUAUGAAAAAAUGUAUACCGGGCACAACUGGCAUGGCUACGGCUAACAUGACUAAGAUCUCAUCACGGUGCUUGGACUCCUUACUUAAACUUCCAUCAACGAAGAAGAUAUCAGAUGAUACCCUGGCUUUUAACCCCGUCGAGCUAUCCCCAAGAUCUCGCACGUCGUUCCUGCGCCUUCCACUUAGCCGCCUCAAGGAUUUGACCGAGGAAGCAUUGCUUUCCAAACGCGCCGAAUUGUUUCGUCAAGACACAGAGGAGGCCAUGGCACUUGCGCAGAAGGCCUUGGAGGCGUCCAGCACUUGUUUAAGAGACUAUUUCUCGUCGAUCAAACCAUCGGAGCUGUCGUCUCGCAUCAAAGUGACGUUUGAUGCUUAUGCCAAUGAGAAAGGCCUGUUAGAGCGGAAGCAAGUACAAACGGCAUUCUUGGAGAUGGGUAGGAGACUCAAAGAAGAUGAAAUUGAUGUACUGAUGGACGAGUUCGAUGCCGAUAACAAUGGUGCUUACGAUCUGCCGGAGUUCGAACACAUGAUUCGUCAUUUGAUCGGCACGAAAUGUCCUGUAAGUUCGCUAUUGUGGUGUCUGCACCUUUUUGACGCGAGAUUUCGGGGCGCCAUGGGCACCGAGAGCGGAGGAGGGUCAUGGUGCGUGUACGUCUCCUUCCUCGGGGUCGCCGGGCUGGGCGAAGUGAAGGUCCCCUGCAAGGCCAAAGACAGCAUCCGCCACCUGCUGAUCAAGGCGAAGGAAAGGGCGAGGAUGAUGCUCCCUGAGAACACAGACGCGUCACUGAUAGAAGCAGCGGACUCUCUGAUCGAACGUUCUGGAGCCAUCCUCUUCCAGGGAGACAGUGUGUCCGAGGUGCUUUCCAACGGCGACCGAGUUACAGCGAUCAGUCCUCUGAUACCGAGGGAUGCGGUGGAGCAGCAGAUGACAGAACGAGCCAGGUCAACGAGAGGACGGAGCAAGAAGUCUUCCAGGCGCCAAAGGACUCCCAGCACCAGUCCAGAGGACUCCGGGACUUCACAUUCGGGGACUUCACGAUCAAGAUACCGCACCACUCAUGGCACUGAAGAGUUCCUCAGAGGAACGGACAGGCCAGCCACGGGGAUACCAGCAGCAGGGUCGAUGAACUACAAACAAUGGCAGACCAAGGGGCACGACGAUAGCUACGAGACGUCAAGUGCGGGCUCUGAGAACUCUCCUCCUCAAGACGCGAAGCGACAAUCAGUCGUGACCCGCACGCCGGGCGAUGGCUCAGUCUCCUUCAGCGUUGUCAUGCCGCCGCCGUCUAUCAGGAUGGACGACAAGUCAAGGAUGAGGGACAGCCGUCGAGACUCGUACACCGACUCGUCCCUCAUCAACACGACGCAGGAAGGUGUGAAGCACAUUGACGAUCUGAGACGGCUCAAGGGAGGACAGAAGACGAUCGUGUACCUCGGUCACGACACUGGUUGCCCAUCGUUCUACCGCGAGGUCGUGGUAAAGUUGAUGCCGGGCAACUCUGCUGGGGACGUGCUCUACAGAUGGAAGCAGGAGAUGAGAACAGUUGCCAGUCUCCGGCACCCGAACAUCGUCACCUACUUUGACAUGGGGCAGGACAACGACGGGUCGCAGUACCUCGUGAUGGAAGUCGUGCCGGGGACAGAUUUGCAGCAGAUCUUGGAUACUCAGGGUUACCUCUCGGAGGACCAGACCAUCUCCAUCGUCAUCGGCGUCCUCCAUGCGCUCGUCACUGCACAUUCAGCCGGGAUCGUUCAUCGAGAUAUCAAACCAUCGAACAUCAUCGUCGUCCUCUCAACUCUGCAUAUCAAGCUCAUCGACUUCGGUCUAGCAAAGCAGAUGGAUAACGCGUCUCUCAUCAGUCGAAUCUACACGCCCAUGUACUUCAGCCUGGCAUAA